CUAUUUGGAUUGGAGCUCCCAAUGAGAAAAUCAAAUUUCGAAAGUGCCACUGUGAUCUGUGAGCUUCCAUAUAUUAACCCAACCCAUUUCAAAGGCAGCAAGCGAGCAGUACUGCUGACUAGUACAAGUACUGUCUUGUCUUGUGUUAGCCGCGUCUCCACUGAGCGGGAAAAACCCAUAGACCAAAAUCUGAAGGGCAAACGUGGGAGCCCACGCUUUCUGUAAUCUUAGCCCACACUAGCCCUAGGUUUUCGGGUUUCUCCCAUUCAGUUCAGCGAUAAUGGCGAAUGUUCAUGGUGUUGUUGAUCAGGACCAGCAAUGGCUACUCAAUUGCUUGUCCGCCACCCUCGACUCUAACCAAGAGGUUCGCUCUUUCGCCGAAGCUUCGCUUAAUCAGGCCUCUCUUCAGCCAGGGUUUGGAAGUGCACUUGCCCAGGUUGCAGUAAACAGAGAGCUCUCAUUAGGGUUACGCCAGCUAGCUGCUGUCCUUCUUAAGCAGUUUAUUAAGAAACACUGGCACGAGGGUGAUGAAUCUUUUGAGCAUCCUGUUGUUUCCUGUGAUGAGAAGGAACGUAUACGCAGACUUCUAUUGUUGUCACUGGAUGACUCUUAUAGAAAAAUGUGCACUGCAAUUAGUAUGGCUAUUGCAACGAUUGCACUUCAAGAUUGGCCAGAGGAUUGGCCUGACUUGUUGCCAUAUCUCCUGAAGUUAAUUAAUGACCAGACAAAUAGGGAUGGAGUUCAUGGAGCUUUGAGGUGCUUGGCUCUUCUCUCUGAUGACUUGGACGAUAAAGUGAUGCCCACAUUAGUACCUGUUUUGUUCCCAUGCUUGCUUACUAUUGUUUCAUCCACUCAGGUGUAUGACAAAUAUUUACGUGCAAAAGCUCUUUCAAUUAUUUAUUCUUGCAUCUCCAUGCUGGGUGCAAUGAGUGGUGUUUAUAGGACGGAAACCAGCACAAUAUUGAUACCUAUGCUUAAACCAUGGAUGACUCAAUUCGCUAUUAUCCUAAAUCAACCAGUGGAACCUGAAGAUCCUGAUGAUUGGAGCAUCAGAAUGGAGGUUUUGAAGUGCUUGAAUCAAUUUGUUCAGAAUUUCCCUAGCCUUACUGAAAGUGAAUUUAUGAUAAUAAUGGGACCAUUGUGGCAAACUUUUGUAACAUCACUAAGUGUAAGGUCAUCUGUUGAUAGUAUGGAAGACCUAUAUGAGGGAAGAUAUGAUUCUGAUGGUACAGAAAAAAGCUUUGACUCCCUUGUGAUUCAGCUAUUUGAGUUUCUGCUGACCAUUGUCGGCAGCAAAAAUUUUGUAAAGGUUGUUAUGAACCACAUUAAAGAAUUGGUGUACUAUACUAUUGCUUUUCUGCAGAUGACAGAACAACAGGUUCAUACAUGGUUAACGGACGCCAACCAGUUUGUUGCUGAUGAGGAUGAGGCCACUUACAGCUCUCGUGUUUCUGGUGCACUUUUACUCGAAGAAGUGGCAACUGUAGCUGGAGUGGAUGGAAUUAGUGCCAUCAUAGAAGCUGUUAAAGAACGAUUUAGUGAUUCUCAAAGAGAAAAAGCAGCAGGUUCUGCAGUCUGGUGGAGACUGAAGGAGGCUACUUUGUAUGCAUUGGCAUCUGUGUCAGAACAAUUGCUUGAAGCAGAGGAUUCAGGACUAGUAAGAGUUGGUUUGAGGGACCUUCUGGAACAAAUAAUCAUUGAACAUUCUGAAUCUGGAGUACAUGAACAUCCCUUUCUUUAUGCUCGAAUUUUUACAUCCAUCGCUAAGUUCUCCUCUUUGAUCAGCUGUGAAGUUCUUGAGCAUUUUAUUCAUGCUGCUACAAAAGCAAUUGGCAUGGAUGUGCCUCCUCCUGUGAAAGUAGGUGCCUGCAGGGCGCUGUCUCAGCUCCUACCUGAAGCAAACAAAGGAAUUAUUCAAUCCCAAAUGAUGAAUUUAUUUUCAUCUCUUACUAAUCUUCUUAAUCAGGCAUCAGAUGAAACCUUGGACUUGGUACUUGAAACACUGCAAGCAGUCAUUAAAUCAGGUCAUGAAUUAUCAGCAUCAAUAGAGCCUAUAAUCUCUCCUGUGAUCCUUAAUAUGUGGGUAUCACAUGUUUCAGAUCCCUUUAUCAGUAUUGGAGCAAUUGAGGUUCUGGAGGCACUGAAAAAUGCUCCUGGUUGUAUCCAUCCACUGGUUUCCAGAAUUCUACCAUACAUAGGGCCAAUCUUAAAUAAUCCCCAGCAGCAACCUGAUGAAUUAGUUGCUGGGUCAUUGGAUCUUGUGACCAUGUUAUUAAAGAAUUCUCCUAUUGAUGUUGUAAAAGCAGUUUAUGAUGUUUGUUUUGAUGCUGUUAUUCGGAUAGUCCUUCAAAGUGAUGAUCACAGUGAAAUGCAGAAUGCAACAGAAUGUUUAGCAGCUUUGAUAUCUGGGGGAAGACAAGAAAUGCUUGCUUGGGGUGACUCUGGAUUUAUAAUGAGAAGUUUACUUGAUGUAGUUUCGAGGCUUCUGGAUCCAGAUUUGGAAAGCUCUGGUUCUCUCUUUGUUGGGAGCUACAUUUUGCAACUUAUAUUGCAUUUGCCAUCACAAAUGCUGCCUCACAUUCGAGACCUGAUUGCUGCUCUUGUUAGGCGUAUGCAAUCUGUUCAAAUAGAAGGGUUGAAAAGCUCAUUGAUAGUCAUAUUUGCUCGUUUGGCCCACUUGAGUGUACCAAAUGUUGAACAGUUUAUUGAUCUACUGAUCACCAUCCCUGCUGAAGGCCAUGACAACUCGUUUGUUUAUUUGAUGUUGGAGUGGACUAAACAACAAGGAUCUAUCAUCGGGGAGGAUGAUUGACAGUGCUAGGAUUCGUGACAGGCUUUAUUUCUUCGACAGACAACAUCCAAUCAACAAAGUUUCAAGUUCUUUUUCUACUUAUGUUUUGAACUCUGUUUCUGGUUCCAAUUUUAUUUCUCAAUAAAAGGGUUGCUGAAUUUCAAUGUGAUAUCUAUCAAUUUGCCAAACGUACGUGUUUCGUUUGCUCAAAGGAUGUAUACACCCUCUAGUCCUUUCUCUCUUGUUCAUAGUGAUAUAUGGGGACCCUCCAAGAUCACUACUUCUCAUGGUAAGUGUUAGUUUAUUACGUUAAUUGAUGAUCACACACGUAUUACUUGAGUUUAUCUACGUAAGCAUAAGUCUGAAACAUGUCAGGUUUUUCAAAACUUUCAUCAUUUGAUCCAAACACAAUUUCAAACUUCUAUCAGAAUACUUUGUACCGACAAUGGUACUAAAUAUUUCAAUUCCACUCUCGGUCCCUACCUUCUCCAAAAUGGGAUUGCUCAUCAAAGUUCGUGUGUGGAUACUCCGCAACAGAACGGAGUUGCUGAACAGAAAAAUUGCCAUCUCUUAGAAGUAGCUCAUGCUCUCAUGUUUACUAUGCAUGUUCCAAACGAUCUUUGGGGUGAUGUUGUUCUCACUGCUACUUACCUCAUUAACUGCCUUCCAAGUCAACCCCUUCAAUUCAAGACAUCAUAUUCUGUCCUUUAGUCUCUAUCCUCACUUCUUCAAAUACUUUUCCAGUCAAAGCUUUUGGCUGCACUACAUUUGUUCAGGUUCACUCCCAUAAUCGGAGUAAACUUGAUCCUAGAGCAAUGGAAACAGUGAUCUUGGGUUAUUCUCCUACCCAAAAAGGCUAUCGUUGCUAUUGUCCACUUACAAAUAAAAUCAUACAUCUCAAGUGAUGUAACUUUUUUUGAAAAUGUUCCAUACUUCACUCCCACCUUGCUUCAGGGGGAGCACAACCAUCACAAGCAAGAAGCUCAGUGGUCGUGGGGUUUAUAAUUACCUCUAGACACUCCAUUCCCUUCAAAUCCAGAAAGACCUCAUAAUCAAAACUUGCAGAAAAAAAUUCAUUUGGGUGUAUUCCAGAAGAGAAAGAAAUAAACAAGUCACAAAUGCCCAUCACAGUCAAGAGCCCAGUCCGGUGAUAGAACCACUUCCCUCAAACACUCAGUCAAAUCUAGACAUUCCUAUUACAUUAUAAAAAUGAACUAGAUCUUGCACUCAACACCCUAUGUCAAAGUUCAUUUCUUAUUCAAAAUUAUCACCUCCAUUUAAAGCUUUGACCUCUAGUCUAUCAGUUGUUGUGAUUCCCAAGAACAUCAAUGAAGCACUUGAUAUUCCUCGAUGGAAAGCAGCAGUUCUUGAAGAGAUAAAAACACUUGAACUGAAUAGAGCUUGGAGAUUAGUGGAGUUGCCACUAGAUAAGAAGAUAAUAUGGUGCAAAUGAGUGUUUAUAGUCAAGUACAAUGCAAAUGGAUAUAUUGAAAGGUACAAAGCUCGGUUAGUUGCAAAGAGGUUUACUCAAACUUGUGGAAUUGACUACAUUGAGACAUUCGCUCCUGUUGCCAAACUCAAUACUAUCAAAGUAUUGCUGUUGUUAGCAACCAACUUGGAUUGGGAGUUGCAUCAACUCUAUGUAAAAAAUGCCUUCUUGAAUGGUGAGUUGGAAGAAGUGUACAUGAGUCAGCCUCCGGGUUUUGAAGAAUCUCCAAAUACAUCCGAAGUCUGCAAACUAAAUAAAUCUCUCUAUGGUCUAAAACAAUUUCCUCGAGAAUGGUUCAAUUGUUUUCUGAAGGUUGUCAAGGGGCUUGGGUACAUACAAGGUGAGACUGACCAUACUUUCUUUAUCAAACAUUCAGGAAAAAGGAAAAUGUCAGUUCUCAUCGUGUAUGUUGAUGACAUAAUUGUCAUUGACAACCAUACUGAAGAGAUGAGUUUGAUCAAAGAAAUGUUGGCAAAAGAGCUCGAAGUCAAAGAUCUUGGUGCUUUCAGGUAUUUUCUGGGAAUGGAAUUUGCUAGAAGCAAAAGAGGGUUUCUGUGUCCCAAAGAAAAUACACUCUUAAUCUUUGAAAAGAGACAGGAAUGCUUGGUAGCAAGCCUUGCAAGACUCCGAUCGAGCUUGGAGACAAGAAGAAAAUGUUUGACAGAAGUCUGGUUGACAAAGGGAGGUACUAGCAACUAGUGGGGAAACUUAGCUACCUAUCACAUACUAGACCCGACAUCGCCUUUGCAGUGAGUUUGGUUAGUCAAUAUAUGCAUGAUCCAUGUCAAGGACAUCUCAAUGCAGCAUAUAGAAUUUUGAGAUAUCUCAAGCAAACACCAGGAAAGUCUUUUCUUCAAAAGACAUCUGAGAGGAAGGUUAAAGUCUACAUCUGGGUAUUGUACAAUUGUAUGGGAAAAUGUGGUAACAUAGCGAAGUAAAAGACAAACAGUGGUUGCGAGGAGCAGUGCAAAAGUGGAAUAUAGAGCCAUACCAUAACCCAUGGAGUGUGCGAAGCAAUAUGGAUUAAACGCCUACUAGAGGAGUUAAAAUUUGAGUAUGAAUCUCCCAUUCGACUCUACUGUGAUAAUCAGUCUACUCUCAGCAUUGCACAUAAUCUUGUACAUCAUGAUCGAACUAAAUAUGUAGAAGUGGAUCGUCACUUCAUCAAAGAGAAGAUUGAUGGAGGAAUCAUAAGCAUUAGAUAUGUACACAGAUCAAAAGCUAGCCGAUAUUCUCACAAAGGGUUACCCGAGCAAGUAUUUGAUUUUAUUAUAAACAAGUUUGGACUUAUCAAUAUCUAUAGUCCAACUUAAGGGGAGUGUUGACAGUUACGGAAAUCAAUUGUUUCUAUUGUGUUUAAAGCCGUUUUAUCCUUGUUUAUAGGAAUAGUGGUUAUUUCCUUUAUUCUGUAUUCAUGGGGAUUAAUUGUAUAUUUACCCUGUAUAUGCUCACUGUUUUAGGUUGUUAAAAA